AUGAAAAUCCAAAAGAUAUGCUUUUCAAGAUUAGAGAUUGUUGAAAGUAUACCAGAAAAUAUUUCUUUUGGUGAUAUACCGUUGCCAAGGUCAACAUACGACGCUUGGAAUUCACUAGUUUCUGAAUCAAAAAGUGAAAUUUUGAUUGCUGCCUACAAAUCCAGUCUUCGUGGCAUUCAUGUAUUCGGUGAUCAAAAUCAGUCAUUUUCCAGAAAAGGCGAAGAAAUUUUCAAAAAACUAUUGGACAGUGGUUUAAACAGAGGCUUAAGCAUCAAAAUUGUUGAAAAUUAUCCGCCAAAAGACAAAGGCGAUAAUGCAGAUGCUGUUGCACUUGCCGAAACAGGAAUUGCAACUCGACGAUAUUUGAAUUUUCAAAAAAUUUUGGGACGAGGUACUAUGCAUUCAAAAUUUCUUAUAACGGAUAAACAGAAUUUUUACCUUGGUUCAGCAAAUCUUGAUUGGCGAUCAUUAAAUCAGAAAAUGGAACUGGGUGUUUUGGUUAAAUCAUGUCCAUGUCUUGCUACCGAACUCAGUAAUGUAUUCGGUGCCUACUGGACACUCACGCAACCAAAUGCUAAAGCUAACGCACAGUUUCGCGAAAAUCAACAAAAGGCUAUGUUCAACAGCGAAAAUCCAUUAGUAAUUCAGAUUAAAGGCAGUCCGGCAUCUGUAUACUUAGCGACAUCUCCGCCACAGCUUAAUGGACCUGGUCGAACAUGGGAUUUACAUGCAAUAACCAAAACAAUUGAUAAUGCCAAAACAUUUUUGUACAUUCAUGUCAUGGACUACUUUCCGAUGUUUAUUUAUGCUAAACCAAGAAAAUAUUGGCCUGUUAUUGACAAUGCUAUUCGACGAGCUAUACUUCGAGGUGUUGAAGUUAAAAUACUUGCUGCAGCUUUACAUCAUCCACGACUGGGUUUACGGUUUUUGAGCUCAUUGGAGGCUUUAAAUGGUGCAACUAGCAAAAGUACCAUUAGCGCUAAAAUAUUCAAAGUACCAACAGCAUUAGACUUAGCGACAGUGUUACGUCGUGAACGACGAACACAUAAUAAAUUCGUUGUAACUGACGAUACCGUUAUUGUUGGAACAUCAAAUUGGUCUGGAGACUAUUUUGAAGGUGGUAGUACCGGUGCUGCACUAAUAAUUACACAAACUGAAAAACAUCAGCGACCAAUUGUUGAUGAAAUGAAAAAUAUUUUUCUACGAGAUUGGUACUGUUUAUAA